UAGAGAUUUGCCAAGAUAAGUGCCAAUGGCGCUAAUUUACGACAUGGACGGCUAUAAAAGACAGGUAGUCACAAGACGAAGUCAGAAGGAGCGAAGAGGAGGAGCCAAGAACACAGACUUACACACUUCUGGUUUUCAAAGUUUUCUUAUCCAAGAGCCAUGAAGUUCUCCCUGUUGGUCUUGUUGGUUCUCAUGGGGACCGGCACUCAUGCCAUGCCGACCCAGGGGAUGGACCAAACCGCAGCCGCAAAACCAACCAAGCAGCCGGCUGCAGGGGACACCUUUGUUGUUGUGGGGCGGAUCAUGACCGAGGCCUUCAACAUGUUGAUCAAUUUUCACGAGCUCGACUGUGAAGUCAUCUUCGAGUCCGAAACUGGCGUUGGCAUCAAGCGAUGUUACGACCAGGGCAUGAUCUUGACAUGUUUCGAGCAAGUGUCCCAGUGCUUUGUCACCGGCCAGCAAUCAGCCAGGAAGGCAGGGAUACCGCAAAGCAAGAACACCGUGACUGUGCUGGGAAGGGCUUUCGACACGCCGUUUGCCUUGGAACUCCCUUUCGAUGAUUUGGAAGGAUGCGAGACGGUCUAUGUGUCUGGGAAUGGCGCUGACAUCAAGCACUGUUACGACGAGGACUCUGGCGUGACCUUGUACUGUUUCGAACAAGUGAACCAGUGUUACAUGGUGAACAUGAAUGCAGCUGCAGGCAUGAACAAUGGCGUAUCGUAGGCCGAGAUGAAGAAACCAGCGAGGGUCUCAGUGGAAAAGAAGAGGCCGUGUGAUCAACUGACCGCGAGCACAAGACCGACUGAACAACAUUCUGUUUGAUGUUUGAACAAAUUUAGGUUCGCAAGCUUUUUAUGGUAACUUCAACUGUCUAUUUUCCGACAAAAAAAAGCGGUCCAUCCGUUGAAACAGAUGUCUCCUUCGACCGAUUUUUGGUCCGUAUCACUCGUAGAAACCGUUAUGGCCAACUUUUCCCAAAAAAACACAAAGAAGAACUGCCGUGUCGUACAGUACUAGUUGUCGUUCUAUAUACCAGUAUAUACACAUAGGAGCUGUCUUAUCUACUGAGAAUGUACUUUACAUAGAUCAGUCGGGCUGCCGAAGAAAGUCGUGACAGCUGUACACAGGGACUGUUGAACAGACAAUGUACAAACAUAUAUUUAGUACUGAGUACAACAUUUUACAACAUUAGCUCGUAUCUCUUUCUGAACUGGUUUAUGCAUGUCAAAAGAAACUCGUCGUGAUAUUUCUUACGUAUAACAACAUUCGAGAAGUUUGCAACAUGUUUUCCUGUAGCCUGGUAACAUCCUAAUAGCUUGCCUGGUAUAUGGGUCACACCAACUUGCUCCCGGUCUGUCUUUUUUAUGACAGUCAAUCAUUCAUCUUUAACUAUGACUAUGACUAUAACCGUGUGCAUUGGACUCAUAUUUUCCAGCUUGUCAAUAUAACAUGUGCAGUAUUGCAUGUGGCACAUGUAGUGACGACUUCUUUCAUCUGUUGUGACUUACACAUAACGUAGUACCUACCCAGUGAAUGUCGUUUGCAUUUCUGCACAGUACAUUCCACAGCUGUCGUAUUUCAAUCGUGUGUUGAAGCAAUAAAAAAUCUGGAAAGGAA